UUUCUCACUCCGGGCAUCGCAGAGGCUGCGGUUUCUCUUCCCCUCUCCGCAAAAACGGACCGCAUUCAGUCUUGGGCAAGUGAACUGGAGGGCAUUCGCAACCAUGGCGUCGACGACGGAUAUCAAGACCUACAAGUUCAACCACUCCAUGAUUCGGGUCAAGGACCCCAAGGAAUCAGUCAAGUUCUACUCCUUCCUGGGCAUGUCCCUGAUCAAGAAGCUUGAGUUCCCCGAGGCCAAGUUCGACCUGUACUUCCUCGGCUACGACUCGCCCAAGGCUGUGUCGGGCGGCAACAACCUGUGGGACCGCGAAGGCCUGAUCGAGCUCACCCACAACUACGGCACCGAGAGCAACCCGGACUACAAGAUCAACAACGGCAACGUCGAGCCGUACCGCGGCUUUGGCCACACAUGCAUCAGCGUCGACAACAUCCAGGCCGCCUGCCAGCGCAUCGAGGACGCCGGCUACAAGUUCCAGAAGAAGCUGACCGACGGCCGCAUGCGCCACAUCGCCUUCGCCCUGGACCCAGACGGCUACUGGGUCGAGAUCAUCGGGCAGAAGCCGCUCGAAGAGACCGAGAAUGUGAAGGAGACGAACGUCGAGACGUACCGGAUGAACCACACCAUGAUCCGGGUCAAGGACCCCGAGAAGUCGCUCAAGUUCUACCAGGAGGUCCUGGGCAUGUCGCUGUUCCGCAAGCACGAGAGCCAGGCGGGCGGCUUCACGCUCUACUUCCUGGGCUACCCGGGAGAGAAGGGCGUGCCUGCCGAGGGCCAGAGCACCGCUGACCGCGAGGGCCUGCUGGAGCUGACGUGGAACCACGGGACGGAGAAGGACGAGAACUUCAGUUACCAUGACGGCAACAAGGAGCCCCAGGGCUUCGGCCACAUCUGCAUCACGGUCGACAAUCUCGAGGCCGCCUGUGCCCGGCUCGAGUCGCUCAACGUCAACUGGAAGAAGCGGCUGACGGACGGGCGCAUGAAGAACGUCGCCUUCGUGCUGGACCCCGACGGCUACUGGGUCGAGAUUGUCCAGAACGAGCGCCUGGCUGGCAAGGCGAACUUCUAAAUCUUGUGCGCAUGCCGGGGAACGCCAUGCGCUUUCCGCGGCGGUGCUGAUGGCGGGCGACGGGCGCGUGACUGGAUCUGCAUUCUUGGCGAUGUAUGAUGGCCAGUUAGGAGUCCUCUUCCCCACGUUCUGAGCUGCACAGGCACUGCAGGAGGGCGAAGCUAAGGGGCUUGCCUGCUUCGGCCAACCAGAGGCUGCGUGCUCAGACAGAUUGACAGAUUGGGAGUUGUAAUGUUGCCCGUUCGACGACUGGCUGCAGAUGCCCGCAUUAACCAACCGUUGGGGAAUGAGGGGUCGGCGUGUGGACGAGGCGUGUUUCAAAUGCCAGCUGCAUCUGAAUAGAGCUCCCGCAUAGGUCCACCAUUGCAUGCGCUCGUGCAUGGCCGUGUCCGUGAGAGGCAAUGACAAUUGCCAGUGGAUAAUAGAGUGUGGGUGGGACACGGGACGGGGCGACGACAAUCACCGACUGGCCGAGAGGAUGGUCCGAGAGGUGCCCCUUUUCAUCCCCUUUUGAUUAUGUCAUGCUGUCGUCCUCU